UCGAAUCAUUGACUAUCAGAUGCGUUUUCAGUAUUCGCCUAUUCAAAAGUGUACCAAAAAUCCGGACUUUUUUUAGACUAUAUGGCCUAGUCUUAGUGUAGGCACCAGUGGCUGGCACCGACUAGUCGUCGAGUUACUUGGCAGUCGUCAGUCGGUAGUGAAGUGUUGACUGCACUGUAUGUGCAGAUAAGUUUUUUUCUUCGACUUUUUUCUAAUUAACAAUCAUGGGAGGUUUCGCGUGGGUGACUUUGGCCACGAACGACUCGUACUCUUUGGGGGCCCUAGUUCUGGCGCAUUCCCUGAAGCAGGUCGGGAGCAAGCACCAGUUGGCUGUGCUUGUGACUCCGGGAGUCACAAACCCGAUGAGAGCGAAGCUCGCAACUGUGUUUGAUCUCGUUCAGGAAGUCAAUAUUUUGGAUUCGAAAGAUGAGUCGAACCUCCGGUUGUUGAAACGGCCUGAGUUGGGGGUUACAUUUACGAAAUUGCACUGUUGGCGCCUCACACAGUUCGACAAAUGUGUAUUUUUGGAUGCAGACACGUUGGUAUUACAAAACUGUGAUGAGUUGUUUGAGCGGGAGGAGUUAUCAGCAGCGCCUGACGUUGGCUGGCCUGACUGCUUCAACUCGGGGGUUUUCGUUUUCCGGCCCUCGAACGAAACUUACGAUAAGUUGGUACAGUUUGCGGUAGAAAAGGGCAGUUUUGAUGGGGGGGACCAGGGAUUGCUUAAUUUAUAUUUUUCCGAUUGGGCGACCAAAGAUAUUAGUAAACAUUUGCCCUUCAUUUACAAUCUUUGCUCAACGGCGUGUUACUCCUAUUUGCCGGCUUUCAAACAAUUUGGGGCGGAUGCCAAAAUAAUUCAUUUUAUUGGCUCGUCGAAGCCUUGGCUACAAUAUUUCAACACGGAAACGAGAAAAGUACAACCGACCCCCGAUGUUAAACACUUAGAAGCAAUUUUGCAACAAUGGUGGAAUAUUUUUUGCCUUCUGAUCCACCCUACUCUAACUCCCGACAUGCCUAAAGACAGAUGUGAUAAUUAUAAGGCUCGAAGCAGUUCAGAUGUUACGCACACUAAGUCCUUUCGCACUUCCCCCGAACCUAAAAUUAUAAUUCGGGAUCCUUGGGAGGAGUACGACCUUAAACAAUCCUCUCUUCCUGAUCCGAGUCAGGAACAGUCCCAGUCCCCGAUUUCCGAGAUAUUUGAGCCACAAAUAAAGCCUGUUGAAUCUCACAAUACAAAUGCAGAUACUGCCAGCCAUGAAACUAGUUCCUUAAUCCCGUGUGAUAACCAAUUCGAAGACUGCGACCCUAUUCCUAUCAUUGAGACUGAUCAUGUUCCUGAGCUUUUGCACAUUGAACCUGAACCUGAACCUGAACCUGAACCUAUUUCUCCCGUGCCAUCAAUUGACUGUGAAGCUGCCGCUGUUUGUGAAAAGACAUUGCACACACCCCCUUGUGGAGAUAAGACUGAUACUGGAUUAGCUGGCGCCUUUGCCCAGCUAACUUUAGGUGCGCCCAGGACUGCGGAACAAAGUGCCCUUGAUGAUCAUUUGAGACGACAAGGCUGGGAAGUUGGUAACAUUGAUUAUAUGGGAAGAGACUCGUUUGAUAACAUUUGGAACAAGAUUUGUCAAACUCUUUCGGCGGCAUUACCGGAAGACGCUCCCAAAACUACAGAAGCGCCACCUCCAUCGACUGAUGCAAAACCGAUUGAGAAAAGCCUAACCGAAGCACCAGCAGCUCCUCAAGAAGCUGCAGAACCACCUAAACCGCAAGAAACUCAACCAAUUUCCACAGAAUGCCCAAUUACACCAAAACCCAAAGAAGAAACUCCACAAUGUCCAUUGGCUGCAAAACCGAAAGAAAGUGAAGUUCCUCAAAUCCCUGCUGCUCCCCAACCAAUUGAAACCCCAACCUCUCAGCCUCAAAUUCAACCUCAACCAAUUUCCACAGAAAGCCCACAAUGUCCAAUUACACCAACACCCAAAGAAGAAACUCCGCAAUGUCCCUUGGCUCCAAAACCGAAAGAAAGCGAAGUUCCUCAAACUCCUGCUGCUCCUCAACCAAUUGCAACCCCAACUCCACAGCCUCAAAUUCAACCAACUGAAACUCCUCUUGCACCCCCAACUCCCCCUGCAACCGCACCUCAAUGCCCUAUAGCUCUUCCACCAAAAGAUGCAGCUCCAGUAGUUCCCCAAACACCACCAGCUAAAGCUGCAGAACAACCUCCAGCUCCAGCUGCACCUCAAACACCACCAGUUCCUGCAACUGCACCACAAACACCGCCAGUUGGAGCCGCAGAACAACCUCCAGCUCCAGUUGCACCUCAAACACCACCAGUGCCAGCUAAAGAGCAACCUCCAACUCCAGUUGUAGCUGCAGAACAACCUCCAACUCCAGUUGUACCGCAAACGCCACCAGUCCCAGCAAAAGAACAACCUCCAACUCCUACAGCCCCACAACCACCAGUUGAAGCUGCAAAACAACCUCCAACUCCUACCGCAUCACAAGCACCAGAAACAGCUGCCGUUGCGGCUCAAACUCCGCCAGUUGCAGCUCCAGAACAACCACCUGCUCCGGCUGCACCUCAAACACCACCUGUUCCAGCUGCAGCUGCGCCACAACCACCGCCAGCUGCUGCUCCAGUAGUACCUCAAACACCACCAGUUCCAGCAAAAGAACAACCUUCAACACCAGUUGUCGCUGCAGAACAACCUCAAACACCACCAGUUCCAGCAAAAGAACAACCUCCAACUCCAGUUGUCGCUGCAGAUCAACCUCAAACACCCCCAGUUCCUGCAAAAGAACAACUUCCAACUCCUGCUGCACCGCAAACACCGCCAGUUGCAGCUGCAGAACAACAAACACCACAGACAGCUCCAGCUGCGGUUGCACAACAGCCGCCUCCAGCCGCAGCUGCGCCUGCGGAAGCUGGAAAAGGCAAACCUGAAUCAAAACAGUCGAAACCUGAAACAGCACAAGGUGCCGCAUCUGUAGCAUCGCCCACUCCUCCACCUCGUAAAGGAAGUGGAGGUGGAAAGAAAUCGAAAUCGAAGAAAUAAUUGUGUUUCAUUUAGAGUGUUCAAAACAGCCUGUUUUUUCGUUUAACGUGCCAUAUUAACGCAGUUAUAUUGCGUAACAAAAAUGCCUAAUUUUGGAUAGAUUUGUUGUUUUCUUUUUGUAUUUAUUUAUAAUACUUGCGUAAGUAGCUAGUUGCUGAUUUAUACUUUGUUGUGUUUCUAUGAAAAUAAAGCGGUUUUUCAAGUGA